AAUAGAUCACUUAGCUUUGAUCGGCAUGGAGCUUGUGCAGGAAGUGCUGCUACUGGUGGCGUCGUGCGUGUCUUGUACAGGGUGUGGCUUCUUGCUGGCGACAUGGAAGCGUGUGGAAGCUCCAAACUAUGUUAGUCGCCGCAUAGUAACAUCGCUGGGUCUUGCGGGGCUCGUCACUGCCUUCGCUUUCUCCAUGUCGCUGAUAGUAAACGGGCUGGGACAGAACUACCGACAGCAUGAGGGACUGUGCUAUGCGCAGGCGUUGAUGCUACAGUACUUCUACCUGGCGUCGUACUUCUGGACAGCCUGCUUUGCCUUCCAUCUCUACCAGAUCAUCGUCAAGCGGAACGAAUACCCGGAGGAGUUUUUGUGGGUGUAUCGCGGCGUUGGAUGGGGGCUGCCGGGACUUUUACUGGCUUAUCUCGUACUUCGCCAGCUUACAGGACACCUCGGGGUCGGCGGAGCUGACCGAAGGUGGUGCUGGAUAGCAGUGCACUCUACACAGGAAGAGGCAGGAGAAAACCCGCUCGUUUGGCGACGGGAAGGUGCGGUGCAACAGCUCUUACUGUUCUACACACCAGUCCUCUGCGUGUUCAUCUUCAUCGUUGGCGUCUACCACUCUAUUCUCAAGUUUCUGCACAUGGACCCUAUGGCAUCACGUUUCCGAGAGAAGGUGAAGCUUUAUCUGGGCAUCUUCUUCCUGUGCUCGGUGUGGGGAAUCAUCAACCGGUUGGUGCAAUUCUUCCGCGCUGACCACACACCGAACGAGUUCCUCAGUGUAAUGGAAAGUAUCUGCGAUCCACUGCAACCACUGCUGAAUGCUGUAGCGUACGGUACGAACAAGCAGUCGCUGGAAGCCUACAAAGAGCGAUUUUGUCCAGGUUGGAUCUACUCCUCGCUUCCAUCGUCUGACGACGAAGAGUCCUCAGGUAUCGACGACUCGCCUUUGCUUCCUCAUGUUACCAGUGCAGCAGAAAACCCUCCGUUGGAUCCUCUUGACCGCGAAUUCGGCCACUACUUUGAUAGACGCGCACCUCGUAGUAAAUCAUUCCGUCAACAACGAACGAGGAGUAUCAGCCGAUGAAGACGUGGUUAAUACCGCAUAGAUACACCAACACUAGUGCUAAAUUAUAUGCAGCUGAUUAAUGGAUGACAGUACAGCUGAAAUGCCUUUCACGAACAAGGUUAACACAACAAAACUAGUGCAUUCGAAAUGCUAUGGUAGCGUACUUAAACGCGGCUUAUAAAAGGAUGGCAGCAGAGCAAAUCGCCUUCCAACCUAACUGUUAUCCAACGCUUCACUGGCUUAUCCGUCGAUCCGGGC